AUGAAUGACAGGGAGGUGCCCAAAACGCAGUCUCUGUGCUCCGUCCACGACAGCAGGGCCAUUAAGCCUUGGUACAAAGAGAGACUGCCUUCCAAAUGCUUCAGAAGUUCCAUAAAAGGUCUAAAGUUCCCAGAUGCUCUCAACAGCCAGCGGUGGAUCUUCCUCAAAAGUGGCAUGGAUGACUUCCGGAAAGGCAGUGCCCCUCCCUGUAAGGACAUCAUCAUCCAGCAGCCAAAAGAGCCCUUCUUCCCCCUCAUUUACCACAAAAAAGAUCUUAUUGUCCAGCAGGGGCAGCCAAAGGCAAUAGAGGUCUCAGAGUUAUUUUCAAGGCUCUCCCCGGCCCAGAAAAGUCAAAGGGAAAAAGCCAAUAAGAUUGAGUAUUUCCUGGCUCAACAUCCUCUGGCUCUCUACCCCAACUUGGAAGAAAGUUUGCCUCUGGAGCUCCUUAAGCAGGUUCUGAAAGUCCUUGAUCCAGAGAAGUGUUUGGAGGAUGAAUGGGCAUACUGUCAGGAUGGCAGAGAGAUAAAGAGAAAACCCUGGGAUGGCAUGGUGAAAACUCGUGAGUGUUUGCCAUUGGAAGGCCCCAAGCCACCACCGGUGAAGAACCCAUACAGGUUUUUCCGUGGGGAAGAAAAGAUAGAAGAGGAAGAAUUCAGCUACCUCCCAGGGCUGGAAGAGCACAUACAGCGGACUGCUAAAGAAUUCUGUGACUGGGUUUCCGCUUUUGGAGAGAGUGACAAAUUGGACGUGCCAAGGAUCCUGAAACUGUUUGAAACUAGUUACGAAUGUCCAAAGGGCUACAACGUCCUCCAUUUGAUGGAAAUGAAUCAGAUGCCACUGGACCUAAAGCAGGGUGUGGGGCUAACAACACUCCAAGAGAUGCAAUAUGUCCUGGAGGGGAUCGACCAUGAAAGGAGAAUGAAGCGGACGAAGAAUCCUUAUAAACCAGACUGGGUAAAGUUCAAGUAUGGGGCCUGGUAUCUGCACACCAAGUUGUGGAAGAAGCGAAGAGCAAAUGAACCUCUGCUGGAUCCUAAAAUGGACACUUCUUCCCAAUAUGAAAAGUUGAAAAAGAAUCUUCUAGAAAAGGAUGCAACACUCAUGGACCUUCAUGGAACAGUUGCUUUCAAAGAAUUUAUUGAAAGAAAAGGCUACAGGAUGCCUGCUUUCCUCUCAAGACUGUUCGCCAAGAAGGAAGACAAAAGCCUCCCAGAAAGCGGGCACAAGGCCUCCUUGCAACCAGUGCAGCUGCAGCUGAAGCCAAAGGUGAAGCCAAAGGCGAAGAAAAGAAUCAAGAGGGGAAGCUAGCCAGAAGUAAGACAUAGAAAGCAGAAGGAUUUUUCCUCUCCUCAUUUUUUCUCUACUUCUUUGUUUUUAAAAUCACUAAAUAAACUUGGCAAUUAGCACACCCAUUAGAGGUUGUUAUCCAGCUUUUACUUGGCAAUGUAAACAGUAGCUGUUACUGCAGAGGACGUAUCCCAUAGAGGACAGUGGAAUGACUAGGACCUGAGUUUGAAUUCUCCUUCAGAUACUUACUAGCUGCGUGACUUUCAUAAGGGUGGUGAGGUGAUGCAGUAGCAUCUUGGACUCAGGUCAGGAAGACCUGACUUCAAAUGCUGCCUCUUAGUAGCUGUGUGGCCCU